CAGUGUCGGAUACAAUCAACGGUUACUUGUUGUGUGUGGCUUUUUGUAUGUGAACGCUGUACGGAAAGCAGCAAUUUAGCAGCUGAAAACGGUCGAAAAAAGUAAGGCGGCUAAAAAAUAACAGCCGACCCGAAAUUAUACACACUGUGUGGUUGAUUAGUGAGUGAAGCAAGUGGAUCUUUUAUGUUUAACGAAUUGCAAAUAUUUUACGUCAUUUUUAUUAAAUUUUGGUUUAACGAAAAUAAAUUCACUUGAAUAACACACAAUAACGGGAAUACCAAAUUGAGUGUAUAAGAGUGUGCGUGAAAAAGUGCAGCGAGAAAUAAACGAAAAUGUGUACAAUUAGACUAAAGCAGCGCGCUUACUAACCAUAAAUCUAAAUAAUAUUAAAAAGAAAUUAAUCAAAAAUGCUUGCUUGCUACUAGCAAUAAUAACAACAAUACAGAUAUAAAAUUAAAAAAAGUUGUGCAAACCACAAUAUUGCACAAACUUUUUUUUAUAGCUUGCUGCGCAAGUUUGCGCAAAGAGCUUCAAAUACUUACAGUGCAUAAUUGUGCUUAACAAAAUGCAGUAAAAACAGAAAAGUGUUAAAAUUUAGUAUAAAAAACAUAAAAUUAAGCGAUAGCAACAAAAAGUGUUUAUGAAAAAAUCAAAAUUAACCAUAAUUACCAGUUAAAUGGCAGCUUAUGCGGUGCAACAACAAUAACACCGCAAUAACAACAACAAUAGUGCAACAGUGCUUCACUGUUGUUAGCGAGACAAUAAAAAGUGUGCAGCAGCAGCAACCAUUAAGUGCAAAGCUGGUUACUACAACAAUAACAAACAGCAACUAACAACAAUUCUUACUAAUGCAUUUAUAGGAGCAGUCUAGUGACAACAACGAGACAUUCUAUUACAGCAAAGCAGCAGAGCCAUCUUUAAAAACAACAACAACAGCUGCAGUAACUACGCAACAACAAAAUGUUUGCAAUGUGGAUAUACUUUUUAAUCGGACUCACAUUAUCCACACUAACCUCCUCACAGGCAGACGAAUCGCUCGAUACGCGAGAAAAUGCCGAUCUGACAUUGAAAUGUCGCUUCACAGAUCAUUACGAUGCUAAUGAUUUCACAUUCUAUUGGGCACGUUGGACCGCCAAUCCCGCGCAAUUUGAUAACGUGGCCAUACAUGAUGUCUCGCUGAAUUCGGGCUACAAACCCGAUUACCGUCCGAAGCACGGCAUUUACGAUUUGCAAAUUAAAAACGCUUCAUACAUUCGCGACAAUGGACGUUUCGAGUGUCGCAUUAAAGCGAAAGGUACGGGCGCCGAUGUCCAUCAAGAGUUUUACAAUUUAACCGUCCUCACACCACCGCAUCCACCCGUCAUUUCACCCGGUAAUGUGGCCAUUGCCACGGAGGAUGUAAAAAUGGAGCUGACGUGCAGCAGUAUUGGCGGUUCACCGGAUCCAACGAUAACUUGGUAUCGCGAGGGCACCAAUACGCCACUGCACGCCGUCGUACGUUCGGGCGGCUCAAAGGAUCAGCCAACAAAUGCAACAUUGACGCUGCAACCGCGUCGCGAAGACGAUGGCGGCAAAUACAAGUGUAUCGUACGAAAUCGUGCUAUGAACGAUGGUCAACGAUUGGAAGCGACCGCCACAUUGAAUGUUAACUAUUUUCCUCGCGUCGAUGUUGGUCCGGAAAAUCCACUUCGUGUGGAACGUGAUCGUACUGCCAAAUUGGAGUGUAAUGUCGAUGCUAAGCCCAAAGUGCCUAAUGUGCGUUGGACACGCGAUGGCCGCUUCAUUAGUUCCUCCCUAGUGCAUAGCAUACAGCGUGUUAGCACGCAAGAUGCUGGCAAAUAUACAUGCUCAGCAGAUAAUGGACUCGGCAAAUCGGGUGAGAGUGUACUCAUAUUGGACAUCUUAUAUCCGCCAACCGUCGUUAUUGAGUCGAAAACGCGUGAGGCCGAGGAAGGCGAGACAGUUAAUAUCCGUUGUAAUGUAACCUCAAAUCCGCCACCAAUUACCAUUGAAUGGUUAAAGGAGGGCUCGCCCGAAUUCCGUUACUCCGGCGAGGUGCUCACACUGUCAUCGGUACGUGCCGAACAUGCCGGCAGUUAUAUUUGUCGUGCUGUGAAUAUAAUGGAGUCAUACGGACAAGAACGUAGUGAGCGUGUUGGCAACUCAACCGUAGCUCUAUUGGUGCGACACCGGCCCGGUCAGGCAUUCAUAACACCGAACAAACCGAUUGUACAUGUGGGUAAUGGCGUUACAUUAACCUGUUCGGCUAAUCCACCCGGUUGGCCGGUGCCACAGUAUCGCUGGUUCCGCGACAUGGACGGCGAGUACUCGAGCACACAGAAAGUGCUGGCACAGGGACCACAAUAUUCGAUACCGAAAGCACAUCUCGGUAACGAAGGUAAAUACCAUUGUCAUGCCGUCAACGAAUUGGGUAAUGGUCAAAUAGCCACUAUAGUACUUGAGAUACAUCAGCCACCACAAUUUCUCGCCAAACUACAACAACACAUGACGCGCCGUGUCGCCGAUACCGAUUAUGCAGUCACCUGCAGCGCUAAGGGUAAGCCUGCACCCAGCAUACGCUGGUUAAAGGACGGUGUCGAAAUCCUGCCCGAACUCAACUUAUACGAAGUUAAGACGAAUCCCGAUCAGGGUCCCAACGGCAUGGUGACGGUGCAAAGCAUGCUGAAGUUCCGCGGCAAGGCACGUCCGAACGGCAAUCAGCUGGUGCCCGGCGAUCGUGGCCUGUACACUUGCCUCUACGAGAAUGAAGUGAACUCGGCGAAUUCGAGCAUGCAAUUGCGCAUCGAGCAUGAGCCGAUUGUCUUGCAUCAAUACAAUAAAGUCGCCUUCGACAUACGUGAAACUGCUGAGGUCGUAUGCAAAGUACAAGCAUAUCCCAAGCCCGAAUUUCAAUGGCAAUUCGGCAAUAAUCCCUCACCGCUGACAAUGUCCUCUGAUGGGCAUUAUGAAAUUAGCACGACCACAGAUAACAAUGAUAUCUACACUUCGGUGCUGCGCAUCAACUCGCUCACACAUGCUGAUUAUGGUGAAUACACUUGUCGUGUUGUGAACUCCUUGGAUACAAUACGUGCACCCAUACGCCUACAACAGAAGGGACCGCCAGAGAAGCCGACCAACACACGCGCCGUUGAUGUGGGACCCAAUUAUGUAACGCUCAGCUGGGAUCCCGGCUUCGAUGGUGGCCUAAGCAAUACGAAAUUCUUUGUCAGCUAUCGGCGUGUACCAAUGCCACGCGAAGAACAAUUGAUACCCGACUGUGCCACCAUAGCCACCAGCAAUACCGAUUGGCUGGAAUUCGAUUGCCAACAUGAUAAUCCCUGCAAGGUUACCUCACUGGAUCAACAUCAAAGCUAUGCCUUCAAGGUGAACGCACUCAACACGAAAGGCAACUCACCGUAUUCCAAUGAGAUUAUGACGACCACAAAGGUUAGCAAAAUCCCACCGCCACUACAUGUCACCUACGAUCCCAAUACACAUACAUUGGGCAUAAAUGUGGGCGCCACCUGUCUAUCGUUGGUGGCCAUAGUGGAGUCCAUGGUCAAUAUGGAUACACCGAUGGCGCAAUGGGAAGUUGUGGACACUGUGAAUUUACAACUCUCCGGCAAUGGGCCGACAUUUAAGGAGACCGUGAUUGAUCGCCAUAUACCGGCAUACCGCAGCGGCGGUGGACGUUCAUUGGGCCACAAUCACAUUGGCGGCCAUGAUGAUGGUGUUGGUGGCGGCGACGAAGAUGACGAUGAGGGUGUCGACAUGAAUAUGCUGGCGCUGGCCGAUGAUAAUAAACCGACGGUGCGUGUGAAACUAUGCCUGCGCUCAAAUCAGGAGCACUGCGGCAAGCACACAAAUGCGGAGAUUGGCCGCACAUACAUUGCGGAGGCUUCCGCCCUGGCCACACCCACACUGAUCGCCAUAAUCGUCUCGUGCAUUGUAUUCGCAUUAUUUGUCGGUUUAUUGUUGAUGUUCUGUCGCUGCAAACGCAAUCAGUCGAAAAAGAGCGCCGCCGCCAAGGAUUACGAAAUGGACUCGGUGCGACCAUCAAUUGUUGCCGCCCAACAAAGUCAGCCACCGCCACCAUAUUACCCGGCAAGUGGACUCGAUAACAAAGCACUCGAGCAUUCGAUGGAUCUUGCCUUGGGCAUGGAGGACCAAAAGAGUGCACUUUACGCAACACAAAAUGGCUAUAGCUAUCAUCCGGGUAGCGGUGUCAGUGUUGGUGUUGGUGUCGGUGGCGGCGUUGUUGGCGGCGGUGUCGGCAUGCAAGGCCUAACGGGACACACGUUGCCGGGAAAUGAAUGGGUCAACAUGGGCUACAUCGAGAACAAUUACUCGAAUUCGAACAAUGGCGGCAGCGUCAAUUCACAAGACUCGCUAUGGCAAGUGAAAAUGCCCGCCGCCACAGGCGGUCAACAAAGUAUGGUCGUACCAGCCACACACAACAACUAUGUUGAACAUCAGCCCACCUAUGGUUAUGAUCCACUGACGCACGGCGGUUAUGGCGCUGUCGAUGAUUAUGCCCCCUAUCCACAUUUGACGGCGACGCCAAGCCAACACGGUGAUGAAUAUCAUAAUUUACGUAAUAGCCAAAAUCCAUCCAGACAGGAUUACUGCAGCGAUCCAUAUGCCUCGGUGCAGAAGCCGAAGAAACGUGUUGAUCAGCAUUUAGAUUCACCAUAUCACGACGUAAGCGGCCUACCCAACCCCUAUAAUAUGGAGCAUAUGGAACAGGAUGAAGUGAUACCACCACAGCAGCACAUGUCACUGAGUUACGAUGACAGUUUCGAGGGUGAAUACUCGUCAACGCCCAAUUCACGGAAUCGUCGUGUUAUACGCGAAAUUAUCGUCUAAUAAAUAAACAUUAAACAUAGUAGAAAGUGAAAUAAACGGAAGCCGUUAUACAAUAGGUMUAAAUUACAACAUGUGAGGAGGCAGGGGAGAGACAUAUAGAGUGUGUGUGUGUUGUGUAAAAGUGCAAAACACGGGCAACUAAGUGAAAAAAAUUAAUUAAAAAAGUAAUGUCUCCGCGUGCAUAAAGGAACAAAACACCUGCACRCACACACACACACACAACMAAGCCAGAAAUAUUUAACGAAAUGUUUUAUAAAUUUUUAUGUGUUAUUUUUAAGAAAAUAAGUAAUAUACAUACAACAARGUGAACGAAA